CUCGCCCCUCUGCUGCUGCUGCUGCUGCUGCUCUCGCUCGUGCAGCUGAGCCGGGCCCAGGAGAGCCCCCCGGCUCCCCCCGCCGGCAACCACCCCAGGCCCGUCUUCCUCUGUGGGGGCGACUAUACCGGCGACACCGGCUACAUUGCCAGCGAGGGCUUCCCGGGCCACUACCCCUCCAGCAAGAAAUGCACCUGGACUAUUACGGUGCCGGAGGGCCAGGUGGUGAUGCUGUCUUUCCGGGUCUUCGACCUGGAGCCGGACCCCGUUUGUCGCUACGACUACCUGGACGUGUACAACGGACACCGGGCGCAGGAGGGGCAGCGCCUGGGCCGCUUCUGUGGCACUUUCCGCCCGGGGGCCAUCCUCUCCACCAGCAACCGCAUGAUGCUGCAGAUGGUCUCCGAUGAGGGCACUGGGGGGCGAGGUUUCCUCGUGUGGUACAGCGGCGGACUCCCUCACGUCAACGAGAACCAGUUCUGCGGAGGGAAACUGGAGAAGCCCCAGGGCACCCUCAAGACACCCAACUGGCCGGAGACCGACUACCCCCCGGGCAUCAGUUGCUCCUGGCACAUCGUUGCCCCAAAGGACAAGGUGGUGGCAUUGACCUUCGGGAAGUUUGACGUGGAGCCGGACACCUACUGCCGCUACGACUACGUCGCGGUUUUCAACGGGGCUGACCGGGACGACUCACACCGAAUCGGCAAGUUCUGUGGAGACCAGUCCCCCAGCCCCGUCUACUCAGAUGGAAAUGAACUGCUGGUCCAGUUUGUCUCGGAUCUCAGCGUCACGGCUGAUGGCUUCUCCGCCUCCUACGUGGUGGUGCAGAGCCGCAACGAGCUGGUGGACGGAGCCCUUCCCAAGCCUCCCAGCCGCGUCUUCCCAGGCACCAAGCCGGCUCGGCCAGACGGCAGCAGACCUGCCCCACCCAAGCCCAAGCCCUCCAGCAAGCCAGCGGGGCGCCCCAAACCCCCACCCGUCCCGAAACCAAGACCCAACGGCGGAGUGCCCACGGUGGCCAGCCCCAGUGAUGCCGUCUGCCCACAGCAGUGCCGCCGGACAGGGACUCUGCAGAGCAAUUUCUGCACCAGCGAUUUUGUGAUCACGGGGACAGUGAAGACAGUCACGCGAGGGGCCGGGAGCAGAGUGACCGCCAUGGUGCUGCUCACGAACACUUACAAGGCGGGCGGCCUGAGCCUCCCGCCCACCCCCGGCAGCGAUGCCGUCCUCCGCCUGGAAGUGCCUUGCAGACAGUGCCCCGUCCUCAAGAAAGGGGCCAGCUACGUCUUCAUGGGCAAGGUGGAUGCCAACGGGCUGGGCCUCCUCCCACCCAGCAGUUUCGUGGUUCCCUCCCGUCCGCAGCAGCACCAGAUCCUCACCAACUUCAGCAAGCGCCCGUGCAGCGCUCCCACGGCCAGGAACCGGACCUGAGCGCCCUCUCCUGGAGCGCCUCACCUCUUGCCCCAACGUUCUGCUUGCCUGUGGCGCACUAUAGCCAAUAAAAGGGGGAAAUCCUGCUCCGGGACUCUCUGGCGUCUCACUUGCCCUGGGCCCACCCCGGUUCACUCCCACUCGCGAGCGCUCGGCUCUUCGGCCUGCCC